CUGUGCUCUGUAUAAAAUGUCCUUCUCUCAACUUGAUUCAGCUUCCAAGUGAUUGGGAUUUGGAACUGGUUCUGAUCCAAACGGUUCUGCCUGUACAAUUGUAAUCGCGGAGACGGUGAAGCAAUUGGGUUUCUCUUUUUUUUGUUUUUGAAGUUCAUUUGCCACUUAUAUCACAUUAUGGCUUUCUUUCUAAUGUAUCACAAAGGUUAUUAGUGUAUCUGCGUGUUUUGGUUCCCCUUUAGUGAACAUGAAGAUGAUGCUGAGUCUGGGUUGGCUGUUCAUUGCCAUAGUCCAUAAGGCUGAACCCCUCAUCUCUGAUAACUUCGCUGACUGUCGGGUCUAUUUCUAUAAAGAACAACUCCCUGAAGGCUUUGAUGGCAUUGCUCUCCCUCACCAUUUUAAUCCCUCAGAUUUACCAGAUGGGAUAAAUGAAAGUGAACUGACCUCUCCAGCUUAUAUCUGUCAGCAAUAUGGGAACAAGUUUCACUUUGCUUCCCUGUAUGACAGAGGGAGGCGCAUUCCCCUCUAUUCUGCCUACAUCUUGGACAGGAACUCUUCAUCUCAAAUAACAAAUAAGAGGAAAAAGCUGUAUAAAAUAGAACCUCAGCUGGUUUAUAGGCAGUUGGGCGGCACAAUGAAACUUCAAAAUGUAACCAAAAGAAACAUAGAAAUAUACAAAAUAAAUCAAGGGAUUUUAGAAGCAAACGAAAAAAACGAUCCGGAUUAUCUCAUUAGAACAAGUCAAGCUGUUGAUGCUGAUUAUAGAAAUAGUGGCUAUAACAGAGGCCAUGUGAAUCCCAGGUUGCAUCAUGUGACCGCCGACGGGCAAAAUGCGACAUUCACCUUCACCAACGUGGCUCCAAUGACAAAGAAACUGAACAAUAACAUCUGGAACCAAUACGAGAAUAAAACGAUUGGCUAUGCUGACGGCUGCACCACUAUGUAUGUGGUUACUGGUAUCGUGCCGGGCAAUAACUGGAUCAAGAGGAUGAAUACUGACCGUGUGAAUAUUCCGAGCUACGUGUGGAAUGCUUAUUGCUGUGUAGAUAACAAUGACAAGCCAAUCAAAUCAGGGGCGGGGCUUAAGGAAAAUGACAUUUCAGACAGACCUGUUAAUGAGAUGGCAAUUAAUGAUCUUCAAGGGAAACUCAAACAUCUUUUAAAGUUCUCAGGAAAUAUUGCAAUGUUUUUUAAUAAUUGUGCUUAAUGGAAUCUGAAAACAUUUUUAGAAAAAGUUGCUGAAAAAGAAGACAAACAAGGAUGUUGAGAAAAUGUUUCAGGACAGAGGCAAGAAUCAUGAUUCACACGGGUCACCAUUAUACCCACUUAAAGAGUCUUUUACUCUGCUACCGUAUAUAAACCAAAAAACCCUUUUACAGCAUUGCCAUUAAUAAAAAGUAACACCAAUCUCAAACAUGAAUUGCUCAUGGUGGCCCCAGGGAGGCUUGUGUGAAAGCUUUUUAACCAUUUGUCCCAAUUGAGGGUCUAGUGGGGAUACUGAUUAAUGUGUGAUAUCAUCAUUUAUCUCCUGUUUCAAAGGGCCUUAAAAUCCAUAUUGCUUUGUUCAUCUGUAAGAAACACAGGUACAGUAAUGCAGUGUCAGACUGGGGGUUCAGGGUCCACCAGGCCCACCAUCCUAAGGGCCCACCAUCCUCACCCCCUUUGCAAACUCUUGCCCCCCAAUGCCCCAUUGCAUACCUCCUCUCUCUCCUCUUGGGUCAUGCAGAUUUCAGCCAGCGGGGGUAGGGUGGAUGGCACACUGGCAAUUCCAUGUAUAUAUACCCCUAUAUACCCCCAGAAUUCAUUGCAGGGUGGCAGAGUAGCAAUUCCAUGUGUAAUGCCCCAGAACUCAUAGAAGGAUAGACAGUGUCAAUUCCAUGUUUAUAUACCCCCAGAAUUCAUAGCAGUAUGGCAUAACGGCAAGUAUUAAGCUCUAGAACUCAUACCAAGAUGGCACAGUGGCAAUGUCAUAUAUAUAUAUCUAUACCCCCCUAUAUACCCUCAGAAUUGAUAGCAGGAUGGCACAGUGGCAAUUCCUUGUAUUUAUACCUCCAGAACUCAUAGUAGGAUGGCACAGUGGCAAU